GGGGCGGGGCCGUGUGCAAGGCUCUCCCCUCCGCGCCGCGCCGCGCCGCUGAGAUAAAUGGACUAUAAGAAAAUUGCAGAUGAAGUUUCAGAAAAAAUUUUGUCGUACAGUCAAGAUACUUCAGGAUGGAGAGUGAUAAAAAUUUCAAAAAAUGUUACAGUUUCUUCAAAGCCUUCAAAAGAGUAUGCAGGAAAUAUAUACCGUGGAGAAGGGAUAAUUAAGGAAGUCCCUAGUAAAAUUAUUCCUUUUAUGUAUCUUCCUGAAUAUCGAAACAAAUGGGACAAAGCUUUACAAUCUUACAAGCUGUUAGAAAGGAUUGACCAGGACACUGGUAUAUACCACAGUGUAACACACAGUUAUGGUAUGGGACUGAUAUCAUCAAGAGAUUUUGUUGACCUGCUGCAUGUUAAACCAUACCCUGGUGAUAUCCUUACAACUAACUCUGUCAGCGUGGAAUACUCCAGCUGCCCUCCAACUCCCUCUUGUGUUCGAGGCUAUAACAAUCCCUGUGGAUAUGUGUGUUCACCUUUGCCCGAGUUUCGUGGUGCUUCACGGAAGACCACAGUACUUUCAUGCCACUGCAAAGACUGCGAAGCAUAUGCUUUGAUCAGACUGCAACAUCAUAGAAUGAGCAAACAAACCAACACAACAGUCCUAUUUUACAGGACUAUGAGAAGGACAGAUCUCUUGAUGUAUACUGGACGAUACUACUGACUGCCUCGUGUUCGUUCUUAACUUCU